GUCAUUUAUUUUUCAUUUUCUUCUUCGCGCCGUCUCCUCUGUUUCAGCAGUUCAGCCUCAGCGUCGCCGCCGCCUCUUUUUCCCCUUUUGCCGCCUCCGUCGUCUUUCUUCCGCUCGUGCGCCGCCAGUGUACUAUCUCCUCCGUUCGUGCUGCUGCAGCCUCCCUCUUAGUGGUUUUACACUGAUUUUUUACUCCCUUAUUGCUACUGAAAUUGAUGGGUGUGAUCGAUAUUUCAAACCCUUAUUGUCUGACUAAAGUGAAGGCUAGCCUUCCAGGACCUGAGGCAUUGCGUCUCAAUUGCUCAGUUGCUAGUAGAAGGAAGGGGGUUGUUUCCAUGACAUCUCAAAUUCCAGUUGAACAGGUCCAUAAGAGUCAGCAAAGGUUGACUGGUGACUCUUUCAUUCGACCCCAUUUGAGAAAGUUGUCUCCUUAUCAGCCCAUUCUCCCUUUUGAGGUAUUGUCAACGCGUCUUGGAAGGAAGCCUGAGGAUAUUAUAAAAUUAGAUGCAAAUGAAAAUCCUUAUGGUCCUCCCCCUGAGGUUCUUGAGGCAUUGGGAACAUUGAAAUUCCCAUACGUCUAUCCUGAUCCUGAAAGUCGUCAAUUGCGGGCUGCACUUGCCAUAGAUUCUGGUCUUGAAUCUGACUAUAUUCUCGUGGGAUGUGGUGCAGAUGAGCUCAUUGAUCUGAUUAUGCGAUGUGUGUUGGACCCUGGUGACAAAAUUGUAGACUGCCCUCCUACCUUCACGAUGUAUGAAUUUGAUGCUGCUGUUAAUGGUGCUCUUGUCCUUAAAGUUCCAAGGAACCCAGAUUUUUCCUUGAAUGUGGAUCUCAUCAAAGAUACUGUUGAUAAGGAAAAACCGAAGUGCAUAUUCCUCACGUCUCCUAAUAACCCAGAUGGGAGUGUAAUUAGUGAUGAAGUUCUCUUGAAAAUUCUUGAGCUCCCCAUACUGGUUGUCCUAGAUGAAGCAUAUAUAGAGUUUUCUUCAAUUGAAUCAAAGAUGCAGUGGGUGAAGAAAUAUGAUAAUUUGAUUGUCCUUCGAACUUUUAGCAAAAGAGCAGGCUUAGCUGGACUUCGUGUGGGUUAUGGAGCAUUUCCUUUGAGUAUCAUUGAAUAUCUUUGGCGAGCGAAGCAACCAUAUAAUGUGUCUGUUGCUGCUGAAAUUGCUGCAUGUGCAGCAUUGCUGAACCCUUCCUACUUAGAGAAGGUGAAAAAUGCUUUGGUACAUGAACGCGAGAGGCUCUUUAACCUUCUAAAGGAUGUGCCAUUCUUGAAUCCAUAUCCUAGUCACUCCAAUUUCAUCCUUUGCGAGGUUACAUCAGGAAUGGAUGCGAAGAAACUGAAGGAGGACCUGGCCAAAAUGGGAGUGAUGAUUCGUCACUACGACAAGAAAGAAUUGAAAGGGUAUGUUCGUGUGACUGCCGGGAAGCCCGAACACACAGACGCUUUGAUGGACUGCAUUCGACGCCUAUCAUAGAGUUCAAAGGAUUCGAGAUUAAUGUCAGUUUGGUUAAAAUUAUUUGGAAGGAUUUGAGGUCUGUAAAACAUAACACAGUCUUCCAGGUUUUGGUUUGAUUUGAGGCUAAGUUGGUCGUUUGAGACUCAAGUCAAUUGCUCAUUCUGGCGAGAUUAUGGUUA